AUGUCUAAUCCGCAACAAGAAGCAUCUUCAAAAUCUUCACAGAGAGGUGCCUCCUCCUCCUCGGAGGCGCAUCAACAAACAACAAAUCCUUCUUCAAGUCAGCCUUUUGGUUUUGAUGACGCUUCAACUCGUAGCGCCUCGAGUACAAUCAUGGUUGAAAGUAACUCGUCGACUGGAGGCUUAACAUUUGUGAAUGAAACUCCAACGAUUCAUCACUCGCAACAACAGCAGCAGUUACCACCUCUGCAACAACAACAACAUGAUGUUACAAGCACCACACAAAGAGUUUCUCCUCCAACCUCUUCCUCAGCAACCUCCAACAUGUCGGGCAAUCCAAAUACCUCACUCAAUACCCCUGCAAGCAAUAGUAAUAAUACUGCUAAUCCAACCUUUAUUAAAUUCCUUCAACCCACACAUGCACUCCGUAUCAAAAAGCUUGUCACAGAUGAGCAAUUUGCGAGUAAUUAUACUGAAUUGAGGUUGACCAAAAUACCAGCCAUCUAUGGCAAUCAGCAAAUUGUUAUGCAUGGUCAAAAACUACCGUCAACGACAAGAGGUUCAAAAAGCAGAAGGAGAGCACCCAAGUCACAACCUCCUCAACAGCCACAACAGCCACAACAGCCACAACAGCCAAGAACAACGUUAACCGCGCAUGCACAACAUCCGGUUCAACAUGCACAUCAUCAACAUACGAAGGACAAUGAUAUCAUGCAACAACCACCGUCACCAUCCGUAUUGAUUGGAAUGCAACCACAACCAACAGCUUUGGACACAACUAUGGAUGCCAAUAACAACACACUUGUUGAAUCAACAAGUUCAUUCAACGUGCAUUCUCUUCCACAAAUUCAGCAAUUUCCUCCAUUCUCGGGUUCUAUUCCUCGUCAACAGCCAGAACCAUUCAAUUUUUCGUCUCCAAUGGAUGUGGCUUCAACACAACCACUCCAAGGCUCGGUGAAUACAUGCAACUUCAACAGCAUGGGUAUAACCACCAACGUUUCGAGCAAUUAUGUUGAUCAUGCAAUAACCUCCACUACUACUUCCACUCCUAGAGAUGUAAAUAAUAGCAGUAGUGGUGUAGGUUUCACUUUCAUGGGUGGUCAUCAAUCAAAUAAUAGUUUACAAGCGAUUCAAACACGAAAACAGCCCGAAGUAUACCCUACUAGUAGUCCUGACCGUGUGCCGAGUGUAUCAUCCGUAUUUACUUCUAUUUCACAGAACAUCAAUUACUCGAGUAGAGUGAAUAACCUUUCAGGGCAGCAAGAUUUAUCCACCCAACCACCUCCCUCACAUGUAAAUACUCCAUUCACAUCCAUUUCAUCUGUUUCAUCACCUCUUCAUGGACCACAAGGUCUUUCAACACUUCAACUACAUCAAGCAGAAAUUGCUUCUAAUGUUUCAUCGUUAUCACCUCCAUCCACAACAGGCAUCGAGAGCAGACUUGAUGACGACGAUGGCUCCGUUUUUCCACUUAAGCUUUCCAUUGAGGACAUUCUUCUUGAAUUACAUCGACAACACCAUCAAUAA